AUUGUUGGUCAUUCCAUGGGUGGCCUUGUUGCAAGAGCAUUACUUACAAUAAAAAAUUUUAAACCUGAACUGGUAAAUCUUCUGGUUACCCAAGCCACACCUCAUACUGCGCCUGUAAUGUCAUUAGAUAGCUAUCUUACUGAUUUUUACAGAACAGUAAACAACUACUGGAUUCUGAAUUCUCAAGACAUAAAACUAAUCACUCUCUCUAUAGCUGGAGGGUUCCGAGAUUAUCAAGUUCGAUCUGGACUGGCUAGCCUAACAAGACUAAGUCAUGAGACCAAGACUUUAUCUGUUCUGACUUCAGCAAUACCUAGGACUUGGGCUUCCACAGACCAUCUCUCCAUUGUUUGGUGUAAACAAUUACAGCUGGCUACAAUUAGAGCUUUCUUUGAUCUCAUUGAUGAUGAUACUAAACAGAUAACUAUGAAACCCAAAAAGAAGAUGGCUGUUUUGAAUCACCACUUUGUUAAAAAUCCAGCAAAGCUUUUUGAGGAAACUCCUAACAUAAUUGCUGAUUUAACAGGGACAUCUAAAUGGGUUCCAGUGAAAGUAACAAAAUGGACCUUUAUGGCUUUUAAUGAGUCUUAUGCAAUGUACUUUGCAUUUCCUCUCUCAAAUCACAGAAAAACUUAUAGCCAUAUGUAUUGUCGGAACAGCAUGUUGGAUACACAUAGCUGGAUUUACGGCUGUAUAAACAGUGUUUCUAUGUGCACUCAAGGUGUUGACUUAUCCUGGAAAAGUGAACUACUACCAACAAUGAAGACUUUCAUGUUGAAACUUCAUGAUUAUCCAAAAUUGUCUCAUCUUGUUGUUUAUGUACCCUCUACUAAUGGAAAUAAGUUUGUUUUAGACUGUGAAUUUUUUCAAAUAGAAUUAAGAACUGUACAGCUUCCUGUAACUCAUCUCUUUUCUUUUGGGUUAACUUCAAGACAGAUCCAAUUAAAUUCAAAUGGCUUAUUCUACACUAUACCACUCCUGAACUUUGGACAGAUAUAUCAAGCUUUCAAAAUCGAUGUAAAGAGCAAAUGCACAUCAACCAAAGUAGAAAAAAAUAAUGUUUUUAGACUCCAUAUACCUUGGUCCCAUGAAGACAUAAUGACUACUUCAAAAGCUCCAACUUCUACAGAAAUUCCUUUAAGACUUCAUGUUGCUCAACCAGAAAAUGAUAGCCAUGUAGCUGUGUUACAUAUGUUUACAUCUUCAGAUUGUCGCUAUGAGGUAACAGUUAGGACUUCGUUUUUACAAAUUCUUGGACAGGUAGUUCGAUUCCAUGGUGGAGCUCUUCCUGCUUAUAUCAUGUCUAGUAUCCUCCUUACUUAUGGAGGACAGUUACAGUCCGUUAUUUCAACAGGCCAUUGUUUAGAUUAUACUAUUAUGUUGGAUAGAGAAGCCAAGCCAUACAAAGUUGAUCCUUUCGUAAUUAUUAUGAAAUUCAUGUUGGGAUAUAACUGGUUUAAGCAAAUUUGGGAUAGUUUCUUCUUACCAGAAUUAGAUGCCAUUUUUCUGAAUACACAAAGUAUGUGUUUUCCACUUGUAUCAUUGAUUCUCUUUCUAUUUGGAACCAGUAUUGCAUACUGGGGUGGCAUACUCUCAUCUUUAUCUGUGAGGCUUCUUUCUUCACUAUGGCUAACUUUCAACAGACCUUCUGAAAUCCCUAAAGACCCCAUGUUGAUAACAACAAGAUUAUCAUUUCUGAUAAUUCUUCUGCUAUUAAUUGGUUGGACAACUUGUGGAGCACUUGCAAUACUUCUCAUCUAUCUUUACUAUGUGUUUAAGAUUAUUAAGUUGUACUCCAGCUUAACAACAUUGAAAAAUAACCCUGAUAUGAUUCCAAAUAUCUCUGAAAACAAUACAAAUUCUUCCAUUGGAGGAAGAGAGAAGAAUAACAGAUCUCAACAAAACUCUCCUUCAAAUGUACAUCCUUCAGAUGUACUUCCUAUAACUGCAGUCAUUGAUAAUGCCGAAGAUAAUUUUAAGAUGCAUCUUACUAUUGUUAAUUUAGUAAUAUGGAUUGUAUUACUCAGCAUGCCUUCCUUAGUUUAUUGGCUAAAGAACCUCAGUCAAUUUUUUAAUCUAAUUCUGUAUCAUGGAGUUUUCACUAUAUUGCGGGAUUUUACAGAUGAAUACUGUACUGUACACAAUGGAAAUGCAGUACACUUCUACUUUGUGGAUUUUCACCUAUCACAGGGUCUCUGGAACGUAACUCCUGUGAUAGGUAUUAUACUAGACUUACUCCUGAUCCAUGUAAACAUCUGUCGUUUUUUCUCGUUCCAACUCUUGGAAUUCUUGGAAAUUCUGACAUUGUCUUAA